GCCGAGCCCGGGAAGAUGUACCAGAGCCUGGCGCUGGCCCCGAGCCCCGGCCAGGCCGCCUACGCCGACUCGGGCGCCUUUCUGCACGCGCCGGGCGCCGGCUCCCCGGUGUUCCUGCCGCCGGCGCGCGUCCCCUCCAUGCUGCCCUACCUGCCGGCGUGUGAGCCGGGCCCGCAGCCCCCGGCGCUCGGCGCGCACCCCAACUGGGCGCAGGCGGCCGCGGCAGACUCGUCAUCCUUCGGCUCCGGCAGCCCGCACCCGCCGGCCGCUCAGCCUCCCGGGGCCACCGCCUUCCCUUUCGCGCACAGCCCCCCGGGGUCUGGCGGCGGUGGCAGCGCCGGGAGCCGGGACGGCGGCGCCUAUCAGGGCGCAAUGCUGGCUCGAGAGCAGUACUCGGCCCCGCUCGGGCGGCCCAUGGGUGCCUCAUACCCCACCGCGUACCCGGCCUACGUGAGCACCGAGGUGGCCCCGUCCUGGACCUCCGGACCCUUCGACAGCAGCGUCCUGCACGGCCUCCAGGGCCGCCCGGCUGGCCUUCCGGGCCGCAGAGCCACUUUCGUGUCCGACUUCCUGGAGGAGCUCCCCGGCGAGGGUCGCGAGUGCGUCAACUGCGGGGCCCUGUCCACGCCACUGUGGCGCCGCGACGGCACCGGCCACUACCUGUGCAACGCAUGCGGCCUCUACCACAAGAUGAACGGCGUCAACCGGCCGCUCGUGCGGCCGCAGAAGCGCCUGUCCUCGACCCGCCGGGCCGGCCUCUGCUGCACCAACUGCCAGACGACCACCACCACACUGUGGCGGCGCAACGCGGACGGCGAGCCCGUGUGCAACGCCUGUGGCCUCUACAUGAAGCUGCACGGGGUGCCGCGGCCCCUGGCAAUGAAGAAAGAAAGCAUCCAAACUCGGAAACGGAAGCCUAAGAACGUGGCCAAGACCAAAGGCUCCGCAGGGUCCACAGGGAACACCACAUCCUCCCCACCGUCCUCUGUCCCCGACCCCGAGACCUCAGCAGCCACUUUGAAACCCGAGCCCAGCCUGGCGUCCCCUUCGUGCCCUGGGCCCAGCAUCGCCUCCCAGGCCCCCAGCCAGGUGGACGACCCCCUGGCCCCCAGCCACUUGGAGUUCAAAUUCGAGCCCGAGGACUUUGCCUUCCCCUCCGCAGCCCUGGGCCCCCAGGCUGGCCUCGGCGGGGCCCUGCGCCAGGAGGCCUGGUGUGCGCUGGCCUUGGCCUAGGUCCCCAGGCACCCACCGGACCCACCUCGCUGCCUACUUGGCUCCAGCUUGGCAGAGACCGCCAGGCCCACCCGCCAGAAGAGGCUGGAGCCAGCAGGACCUCGAGGCGCUGGGCAUCCCCCUACACGUCGGCAGGGAGGCCUUCUGUGCAGAGGGCAGUCGGGCCGCAGAGCAGGAGGAAGGCUGAUGGGAGAAGUACUCGGGCCCCCCGCUCAGACAGCAAGGGAACCCCCAAAUGCUGUCCGAGGCUCUGAGCCACACUAGCCACUCCAGCCAAGACUGACCCGGGGCACCCACCACCAACGUGAAUUCUGCUGUCAGCACGGGCCGUCGUCAUGUUUACAAGAGCAGCAGUUGGGAAAAACCCCAACCUCCUUUUGUAAAACCUGGAUCACAAGUGAAAUGACUGAGGCUGGGCAAGCAACAGAAUGAGAGGAGCAGCCAGAGGUGGGACCUCCUGAGGCCUCAGAGUCUGUCCUUCAUUUCCCACAUUUGACGAGUAGAACCAUGGCUCAGAGAACUUUCCCUUCUCUGAGCACAGGACUGCCAGGGACAGAUGUGCCGGUCAUGCACUGUGCCAGCACGCCACCCCAAGGGGAAGCCGUUCACAUCACAGUCACCAUGGGCUUGUGUAUUUAUUUGAAUGGUUUUCCCAGAGCAGGCAGUAAAGGGCCUUGUUCUGAGUGAA